AUGAAUAAUAAUAUAUUUUUAAUCCAGUUGCGGUUCAUCGACGAAAACACCCUAAGUUCAACACUUUCUACAAUGAGACAUAACAGUUUUCAGUCAGAUUUUUUAAGAGAUGCUGAAUAUUUAAGGAGGCUGAGGGCUUUAAGGCCAGAUCAACCUGUGUUUCUUUAA